CACGAGCUGAAUUGGCAAAUGACGCCUGGUCGAGGUGCAUCUGUGCAUCUGGCUGGACCGUUCUUCUUCUCUUCUGUCCAGCGGCAAUUUCGACGCCUUCGGCUCGUCAGCAGCAUAUCAGUGCGCAACAGGACGGAAGGGACGUCUGUGGAAAGAUCCGGCGGCUGAUUUGAUAGAAGGUGAGCAACCAAGCGAUGCGAACCUGCAUCAGGAUUUGGACGUUCCAUUGCUGUGUCGGUUUGCUCGGGUGUGUGUAUGCAGCGUGCUGACACGUGUCCCCGCUGUGAGCUAGAUGAGAAGGAUGUUCGUCCGUCGCUUGCUGCCUGUCGUCCGGCCAGGGCGUAUCUUCGAGCCACCCUCCAGCACUUUCAACACCUUCCAUCGCCGCCAUGUGAGCACCAGCCAUAAGGCUUCUUCCACCGAGGAGUUCCAGAAGGUCAAGGACAACGGUCGCCGCUCACAAGAGGACGCUCGGACGGACCAUGAGAGACGUAUCAGGGCACUGGAGGAGCAGCUGAGGGAAACGCGCGAGUCCCUGGAUCAGCUGAAGCGCCAGAAGACUCGUCCGGCAGCCUCCAUCAUCAUCAGCAGCAGUGGCAGCAGCAGCACGAGCGACAGUCAGCCUCCCGAGAUGCCCACUCGAACGCCUCCCUAUACCCUCAGCGAGAGCAUUCUCUAUGCAUCCGACAAGCUGUUCGAGGCGAUGGGUCUCGAGGACUGGAGGGUGUUCACCGUGCUCGCCAUCGUCGGUGGCGGCCUGACCUGGCUGGCCAUUGCAAGAAGGAAAAGGUAUCACACGAACAAGGUCAAGAGGGAGAUUGAGGAGUACAGGGAGAGUUUGGGGCUGAGCCGCACCCGCAGCGAUUGAUAACGAGCAAGGGAGUCGAGUACGAAUGGUAAGACGGCAGACAGAGAAAGAGAGUCAGGAGGGAGUUCCGUGUGUGUGUCGUAUGUGCAGGGGUGGGUGGAUGUCUUUGUGUGCAAACGAAUGAGCAAGACAACUCUUCGUCCCUCACGCCCGCAGUUGGGAACAGCGAGUGGCGUGAUCACUCAAUCACUCCCUGUCUGCAUCGAGUGGAGGUAUGUCGACUGAGUGACAGUCUGAUGAGUGACGCGUUUUGUCUUGUUCGUGUUUGUGUGUUGUUCUUGUAGAGCGACAGAAGUGAAGACUUGUGUAGAUUUUUUGGUGUCUCUUUCUCUCUCUGAACGCGUCGUGGGUGCUGUCUGUGAUGACUUCCAUGAAUGAAUGGGUGGACAGCAAUGCGAUGCAUCGAUUUGCGCGCCGGUCUCUUGCUU